AGUUUUCAAGGGAAUUGCAUGUUUUAUGCAUGUGCUGCUCUCCUCAUCUAUUAUGGUGCUCUGAACCUGCCACAUGACGUGCGAUGUCUGUGGGGGCGAAGAUCCGCUGCAACACUACUUUCUAUCUUCAACUGGGUUGCUAUGAUUGGCAGUAUGAUUACCGACAUCCCCAUCUCCGUGAAUACUACACAAGUAUGGAGCAUCUACUCUUUUCCUAUAUCAGGUUACGAUUAUUUACAGAUUAUUCAUCCCACAAGAUGUGCGCCUUAUGACUACGCCUAUUCGGCGAUAUUCUUCACCAAUUCUGCUAUAUCUCCAGUGGUAGCCGCCCUGCGUGUACAUGCCCUGAGCAGGGGAAACUGGUAUUGGGUAUUGCCGGUCUGCCUCCUUGGUAUGGUGCCUGUGGGGACCAACAUAUGGUUCCUGACUCAAGAGACAUGGACUUUCAUUCCUCAACUUGGAUGUACGGGCAUCGUAUCGAUGCCCGAAGCUUUAUAUGUUGCGUACGCAGAUCUCGUUGUCCUCUCUAUCCCCGAUGCAGUCGUGAUCACUACUCGUGCAUCCGUGAUCGUCUCGGACAUCCUUGUAGUUGCAGCAACAUGGUACUACAUUUGCCGUACGAGCGCCGUAAGAGAACAUUUGGCACGUGGAGUGUGGGCUGCAAAGCCCGGUAUCACAACCGUCAUGUUCCGCAAUGUAGGGAAGUAUGAUUCUGUGGAGUACGGCACUCAUCGCCUCUACAGCAUUAUUUCGCUACUUAACGUUAUUGACCUUGUUGUCAAUCUCAUCAGCAUCAGUGUGCGUUCCUAUUCCUACACAGUGGAUAUAACAGACUUGAUUACAGCGAUGACGAGCAUCUUGAUUUCCCACUUUCUCAUCUGCAUCCGCGAAGCCGCAGAACGCUCCAUACAAACAUUCACUUCCCAAUCUCUGUCCUUCAUUGAUUCGCAAGGCAACUCUGUCCCAUUGCCGUGGCUGUCCAGCAUAGAGUUUGCCGCCGACAUCGCCAACUCGUCUGCGCGAGAUAGAAACGGGAACGCCUUCGGUGAUCUCGAGGACGACCUGGACUUAAGAGGCGAAGAUGAUGCACGAGACGCGGAUAAUGAUGCAAUAGAGCUAGAGCCUCUGUCCGUUCCGUAG